UGAAGCUUGACGUCCACACUUGAUCAGCAGGGGUAACUCUGCUGCUUAAAGUCAGUUUACCCUUUGCAAAUGGUCUGGAGGGCUGGGCUAGCAGGGCACAAGGAGGGAGAGAUACCUGCGGUUCGGCGACGGCGUCAGGUUGUCCUCGUCAUGACCCGGCGCGUCAACCGCACCCCGCACGGUGUCCAUGUCCCAUCCACGAUAUGCAGACAUGCUGGGACGGCCCUAGGGCGAUGCAGAUGGCAGCAAGGCCUCGUUAUCGUGGUGUGCGCAGCUGAUGAAGGAUGAGUGAGGGUUUGUAUCAUGCUGCAUGCCAGCUCCAAUUGGUGUUGCACGCCGCGUUCCGCCCCUCCACUUCGCCCCGCCAACAGGGCCGGGUAGGCAGUUAUUUUGGCGCCCCCCGAGACGGACCACCAAACAUCAUACAACACCACGCCAGCAUCGUACUCGUCUCCAGGAACCCGCGUUGCGUGCACUCGCGAUACUCAGUCCCUCACCGCAGCUUCGUCGCAGCAUCAGCUUCAGGCGUCUUUCGAGGCCCUCCACUGCAGAUCCACCGCCCCGAACUCGGCCCCUCUACGCCCGGCCGCCUUCCAAGCAUCAUUCAGGCUUCGGCUCCCCGCGUAGCUCUUCACCACCAGCCGCCCGCCCUAUCAACGUGCUGAGAAUCCGUUGCACAUUGCCAGUCCACGUAAGAAGCGCAGCAGCAGGAGCGUCUUUGCUUCUGCAACCAUUCCAAGUCUGGUCCGCGAGUGAGACCCCUCACCAGACCUCAGCCCUGUCGUAAUAGCACAGCGACGAAUUGGAACCGAGCAGCCACCAUGUUCGGAGGUCCUGUAAGCCCACAGCCUCUCUUAAAAGCGAUAUGCCGCCAGUCUUCCGCGCCAACGUG